UUGUUUGGUCAAUGGAACUGAAACAGCUCCAAGCAGAUGUACAUGUGAUCACUGACCCACACAGGAAGGAGAAGAACCAGUAUGAGUCAGAAGAAAGAGAUUCACUCUCUCUGACAAUUUCCAAAAUGCCUUGUAAACGGCUAAAUCUAUGUGAAUAUGAAACACAUAAACUGGUCCGAAUACAAAGUGUAAGGCUGGGAUCGCUGAAAUGGACAUUUAACGGUGUCAUACUGAUGUUCAUCUGCAUUGUAAUGUUCUGGAACAAGGAGUACCAAGAACACGACUAUGUGGUCAGCUCUGUUACUGCUAAGGUCAAGGGAGUGGCCAUGACCAGCUUGCCAGAUGUUGGUGAUAUAGUAUGGGAUGUUGUAGAUUACAGUGGGCCAUCACAGGGAAAGAAUUCAUUUUUCGUGGUGACCAAUGUCAUUGUUACAAAAAAUCAAAGGCAAGGAAAAUGCCCUGAGGUCCCUCCUUACGGAAAAGUGUGUUGGACAGACAAGGACUGUGUGAAGGGGUUCUGGGAUCAGAACAGCCACGGGGUUCAGACAGGUGCAUGUGUGAAGUUUGAUGUAACACAGAAAACAUGUGAGGUGUCUACAUGGUGCCCCAUAGAGACCAAGAAAACGCCCCCCAAGCCUGCUCUCUUGGCAUCAGCUGAGAACUUCACAGUCCUCAUCAAGAACAACAUAAGAUUCCCAAACUUUAACUUCAUUAGAAGGAACAUCCUCCCUGAGAUGACGGACAGCUACCUGAAGCACUGCCAAUUUAACAGGCGUACCGACCCCUGGUGCCCCAUCUUCCGCCUCGGGGACAUUGUGCAGGAGGCCAGAGAGAACUUCUCAGAGAUGGCAGUUGAGGGUGGCGUCAUUGGGAUCCAAAUUAAGUGGGAUUGUAAUCUGGACGGGUUCUUGCGGAACUGUCUGCCCAAAUACUCCUUCCGCCGGCUGGAUGAGAAGGAGAGCAACAGAACUCUGUACCCUGGUCUCAACUUCAGGUUUGCUAGAUAUCAGACAGAGAAAGGUGUUGGGGAGAGAACCCUGUUUAAAGCGUUUGGGAUCAGGUUUGAUGUCAUGGUAUUCGGAAAGGCAGGAAAAUUCAGCAUAAUCCAACUGAUCAUCUAUAUUGGAUCAACUCUAUCCUAUUAUGCACUGACCACUUUAUUCAUUGACUGGCUCAUUGGGACCAGCUGCUUCUCUAAAGAAGCCAGGCAGAACUACUCAGAGAAAAAGGUUGAAUCUGUUCAGGACAGACAACAGUGCAUUCUUUGUGUCUCGUUUGUGGACGAGAACCAUAUAAGAGRGGUGAAAAGAUCACAUAGGAAAAGUUUACAACAAGUGAAGCCCAUGUCCGUUCACCCAUUCAAGGACGACAUAAAGCACAUGAGUGCCAUGGCUGGUGUAUUGCAGAAAGGGCACAUCAUAGACAAGCUGCCCCAGGCUCUCACUCGGCCCAGCCGUCCAGCCUGGUGUCUGUGUGGCUGCUGCCUCCCCUCCACCCAUCCCCAGGAGCAGCUGUGCUGCAGGAUGAGCAGAGGUCGCUGCAUCACCACCUCCUCCCUGUUUGAACAGCUGGUGCUGAGUCGGCCCUUGUUGGAGGCAGUGUUGCUGUACAGGGAGCCUCUUUGUGAGCUGACCGAGGGGGAGCAGGGGACCAACGCCCUGCGCCACUGCGCCUACAAUCAGUAUAUCACCUGGAGAUUUGGGGCCCCACCCAGAGAAAGCCUCCCUGUCAUACCCAGUUGUAGUGUGUGGAGAAUCAGAGAGGAAUACUCCAGCCAAGAUGGAGAGUACACUGGCAUGAGACCCAGUAGAACUACUUCUCCCCAGUCCAGCCCUAACACAUAGCUUUAGGGAAGAGGGAGAGUCAGUGUUCUAGAAAGCAGUGUUCUACAUAGAAAGCUCCAUCAGAGACUGGUCCUCAUCAUGUAGCAGCUGUAUCAUGCAUUUGUACUGGUGUAUUUAUCUAAUCUUCCAUUCUGCAUUAAGGUUAACAUUUUCAACUUGAUCAUUAUCCUCGCCUAUAGAUAUUGUGUCUAUCCAUCCCACUGUCUAGAGACCAUGAAUGAUGAAGAGGGCUCCCAAGUGGCGCAGCGGUCUAAGGCGUUGCAUCUCAGUGCUAGAGGCGUCACUACAGACUCUGGUU